AUGGAUGAGAGCUCUGGCAUGGACGCAAACACCUCGACAAACAUGAACAUGGGCAUGGCAUCGACCUUCUCAACCUCCACCACAGUCACCCUCCUCUUCACUGGCUGGAAAACCACAACACCAACCCAAUACACCCUCACUCUGCUUCUCCUCCUUCUCCUCGCAAUCUUCAACCGCUUCCUCGGCGCUCUCAAGUUCCAACUCGAGCAAGCAUGGGCCCAGCACGGUCUCGUCCCACCAGCUCUCGAGCUCACGGCUAUCCAUUCACGAGGUGACAUCCACAAAGCAAAACUCAGCCCGCUUCCCAAUUACAUUCGUGUCCACGGGGAUGAGAACGACGACGAAGAUAUGGGGCAGGCGCUGUCAGUUGCUUAUGACAAUGCCGGAAUGGGGCGUUCAACGGCGAGUCUCCUCGAACGAGGUGUUUCGCAGAGGAAGUGGUCUUGCAACUUUGACCUUCCAUCUUGGAGAGCUAGUGGAAGAUGGUCUCUUCGGAAGGAUGGUGUGGGGGGGUUACUUGAAUUGACUCGGGCUUUGAUUGGGUAUCUUUUGAUGCUAGCUGUCAUGACUUUCAACACUGGGGUCUUCGUUGCCGUCUUGCUUGGGGUCUUGUGUGGAGAGCUACUGUUUGCGAGAUUCUUUCGUGGCAUGACUGGCUGGCAGGAGGGUGCUUGUCAUGGAUCUUGA